AUAAUGCUUAGUGUGUAAUCAAAGGCGGACAAUGAUUAGGCUAUUGUCUAUGUGUACACACUACGCACAUGUAUUUAUUAAACGGCCCGUUUUUAUAUAGAUAGUAUUACGUUUGUAUAGCAUUCAGUCAUGUAUCACCGUUUGAAUUGCUUAAGCAGUACUCGGCGCUUUUACUCAUCCGGGGUUUCAAAAACCGUGUUCGACCGCGAGUCUUUCACUUGCAGACAUAUUGGUCCAAACGAUGUCGAGCAGGAGCAGAUGCUUAAAGAACUUGGAUACCAGGAUCUGGAAGAACUAAGUAAGGCCGUGAUCCCAGAUAGUGUUUACCUCGAAAAGUCACCUUGUUUAAAAUCAGCCGUUAUAGAUGAGCACACUUUGGCUGAAUUGAUUAAAUCUAUUGCCAAUAAAAAUCAGACAUGGAAAAGCUAUAUAGGAAUGGGUUAUUACAACUGUCACAUACCACAUGUCAUCAAAAGGAACAUGCUAGAAAAUCCAGGAUGGCUGACCCCUUACACACCCUAUCAAGAAGAAAUCGGUCAGGGUCGGCUAGAAGGCCUAUUGAAUUUCCAAACCAUGAUUAUAGACCUCACAAGCAUGGACGUGGCAAAUGCAUCUCUGCUGGACGAAGCCACGGCCGCCUCCGAAGCUCUAGCCAUGACAUUUCGGCACAACAAACGUAAGCAAUGGUUUUUAGCCAACAACGUACACCCACAAACGAUAGCGGUGGUCCGCACAAGAGCCGAAGCGCUUGGCAUUGAAGUUCACGUUGGUGAUCCCGGUCAUGUAGACUUCAGGCCGUACAGCGGCAUUUUACUGCAGUACCCAGAUACUUAUGGGUAUUUAUUAGAUUACGAAGAGAUCGUGCACAAGGCUCACAGUAGUGAGACGCUGGUCGUGUGCGCGACGGAUCUGCUUUCGCUUACUUUAAUAAAAACUCCAGGUGAAUUCGGCGUCGAUAUAUCGGUUGGAACCAGUCAGCGGUUUGGUACACCUCUGGGUUACGGAGGACCUCAUGCUGCGUUUAUCGCUUGCAAAAAGAAACUCAUGAGACUUAUACCUGGCAGGAUGGUCGGUGUUACAAGAGACACUGAUGGCGAUCAAGCAUACAGGUUGACAUUACAGACCCGCGAACAGCACAUACGGCGUGAACGAGCCACUAGUAACAUAUGCACGGCUCAAGCUCUACUGGCGAACUUGUCAGCUAUGUAUGCCGUGUACCAUGGACCCAAUGGACUAAAGAAUAUAGCUAAAAAAGUGCACCAUAGUGCCAUACUACUGAAAACAGCUCUGGACGAAUUGGGCUAUCAAACGAAUAGUGGUAGUAUUUUUGAUACGGUUCAAGUUAGGAGCAACAUUUCACAUAAAGAUAUUUUAAGCAAAUGUAGAGAAAAAAUGAUCAAUAUUAGAUGGUACGAUGAUCGAUCUUUUGGAAUUUCUAUGGACGAGACCGUCACAACUGAAGACCUUGAUAAUUUAUUAUGGAUCUUUGGUUAUAAAAAUGGUAUAAAUCAAAUCAUAUCGAAAAACGAACUUCAAGAACAAGUGAGUAAUUCGAUAUUCAAGCGAACUUCACAGUAUUUACAGCAUCCGGUAUUCAAUACUCAUAAAUCUGAAACUAAAAUCGUUCGAUACAUAAAACAGCUGGAAAAUAAGGACAUUUCGCUAGUCCAUUCCAUGAUUCCUUUAGGCUCAUGUACGAUGAAGUUGAAUGCGACAGUUGAAUUGUUACCGCUUUCAGAACCAGGAUUCAUAAAUAUACACCCCUUUGUACCCUCGGAACAAGCGUUAGGAUACCAAUAUAUUCUUCAGGAUUUGGAACAUGACCUUUGUCAGUUGACGGGUUUCGAUAAAGUAUCUUUUCAACCCAACAGCGGUGCUCAAGGAGAAUUCGCUGGUCUUUGUGCCAUAAUGAAAUAUCAUAAGCAACGGAGCGAUAACGACCGAAAAGUGUGUUUAAUACCGACGUCGGCACACGGUACAAAUCCAGCAUCAGCCCAAAUGGCAGGCAUGGAUAUACAGACAAUCAAUACAUCGAAAGACGGUUGUAUCGAUUUACAGGAUCUCAAAGACAAAGUCAAAAAGCAUAAAAGCCAAUUAUCUUGCAUAAUGAUCACGUAUCCUUCUACUAAUGGAGUAUUUGAAGAAUCUGUGAAAGAUAUUUGUGAACUUGUUCAUUUAAACGGAGGACAAGUUUACAUGGAUGGAGCUAACAUGAAUGCACAAGUUGGGCUUUGCCGACCCGGCGAUAUUGGUGCAGACGUUUCUCAUUUAAACUUGCACAAAACGUUUUGUAUACCACAUGGUGGAGGUGGCCCUGGAAUGGGACCGAUAGCAGUGAAGUCACAUUUGAUACCGUAUUUACCAUCUCAUCCAGUCAUAAAAAAUGGGAACGAGCUGAGUUUGGGUACUGUUAGUGCGGCUCCAUAUGGUUCAGCAUCCAUUAUACCUAUUUCUUGGGCUUAUGUUAAACUAAUGGGCUCCGAAGGUCUCAGAAAAGCUACUCAAGUAGCCAUAUUAAACGCUAAUUAUAUGAGUAAAAAAUUAAGUAGUCAUUACCAAACAUUAUUUGUGGGUACCAAAAAUCAGUUGGUAGCACACGAAUUUAUAAUAGACACUCGAGAAUUAAAGAAUACUGCCAAUAUUGAUGCUACAGAUAUUGCCAAACGAUUGAUUGAUUAUGGGUUCCACGCUCCUACUAUGUCAUGGCCAGUAGCUGGAACAUUGAUGAUAGAACCGACAGAAUCAGAAAGUAAAGAAGAGUUGGACCGGUUUUGUAAUGCUUUAAUUAAUAUAAGAGAAGAAAUAAGACAAAUAGAAAACAACAAAGCAGAUCAACAACAAAACCUUUUGAAACUGGCACCACAUACACUAAAACAAAUUUGUAAAGAUAAUUGGAGUAGGCCGUAUUCCAGAGAAUCGGCUGCUUAUCCUAUGGGAUAUCGUCAAAAAGUGUGGCCUAGUGUUGGGCGUAUUGACAGUAAAUAUGGUGACCAAAAUGUAAUUUGCAGUUGCCCUCUGUUAAUUUAAAAUACAACCAUGAAGACUAUAAUGACAAACCUAUUUAAUGAAAAUGUUUUUAUUCUUGCUGAGAAAUAUUUUUUUUGUAUUAAACUCCAGCACGUAUCGUAUA